AUGUCUCUGGAGGUGAAAGAGAAGACCCAGGUGCGGAUAGUGUUUCUGGGGGCAGCAGGAGUGGGCAAGACAGCCCUAAUUCGGCGUUUCCUUCAGGACACCUUUGAGCCCAAACACAGGCGCACAGUGGAGGAGCUACACAGCAAGGAGUAUGACAUUGGAGGGGUCAAGAUCACUGUGGAGAUCCUUGACACCAGUGGCAGCUACUCCUUCCCAGCCAUGCGCAAGCUCUCCAUCCAAAACAGUGACGCCUUCGCACUGGUGUACGCUGUGAAUGACCCUGAGUCACUGGAGGCUGUCAAGAGCCUUCGGGAUGAGAUUCUGGAGAUCAAGGAAGACAAGUACACGCCAAUUGUGGUGGUGGGGAACAAGGUGGACCGGAAAGAUGAGCGUCAGGUGGCCAGUGACGAUGUGCUGUCAACGGUAGAGAUGGAUUGGAACAACAGUUAUCUGGAAGCUUCUGCAAAGGAAAAUGCCAACGUGGUGGAGGUGUUCAAGGAGCUCCUGCAGCAAGCAAACCUUCCUAGCCGCCUCAGUCCCGCAUUACGCAGACGCAGAGAGACCUUCCCGAAAGACACCAACUUCCGGCCACCUAUGAACAAGACCAACAGCUGUAUUCUGUCAUAAUGGGAGGCAGGGAAAAAGAAAUGUGUGUCAUGAAGGGACAA